ACUACGCUUCACGCUAACCUUUGUUACUCUGAACUGUUUACUGUCAUUUUUGUGUUGUUUACACUAUAGGUUAUGUUGUGUUUGAAAAAUUGUAAACUGCUUUUUUAAUGGAUUUGAUUAGCUUCAUUAAACAGACUGAAGGACUCGAAAAUUCCAUAAAUUUUGCAAUUAAUCAUGGUCUUAUUCCUGACAAAACACCAAAAGAUUGUGUAAAAUGUGGUCUGGAAGGUGGUUUGAGAUGGACAAAAAAUUCCAGGACUGUGAACAUUCCGUUUAUGUUUGUAUGUGUCCAAAGAAAUUGUAGGUCAACAAUUUCAGUCAGCAGAAAUACAUUGUUUGAUCAUCUUACAUUCUCAUUAUCACAAGCUUUGAGGUUGAUAUACUUUUGGUUGUUAAAAAUCUCUGUUCAAGAAACAGCUAGCCAAUUAGAGUUGGCAGAAAGCGUGGUGAAUGUCUGGUUCCAGUUCUUCAGGGAAGUAUGUGCGUUUGUCAUUAUAAACUACACAAAGGCGAUUGGGGGGCCAGGUCACAUUGUGGACAUUUGUGAGCAUCAGCUCCAAAGCGAGGAAGAAUCUUACGAUGUUUGGAUGUUAGCAGGAGUCGAUCGAAACACGGGACAGAACUUCGCUAUCCACGUUGAAGAUCUAGAUUGCGAGACUUUGCUGCCAGUUUUAAAGAACUACCUUCUGCCUGGGACAGUGGUGGCUACAGAGAGAUACGAAGAGUUUACAAACAACGGCUCUCUAACUUUUGUCCACCCCAAUAAGUAUCCUGGAAGUGAUGGGGACUAUCGUCUUGACGCAAUGUGGGACGCUCUUUCGCAAUACAUAGCGAGCGAAGUGUCUAACAAUGGCAAGAUUUGCAAGGAGCUGUUUGCUUACCAGUUCUUGUACUUUCACAGGGAUGGAUUUUUCAACAGACCCGUCAGCCAGCUCAUUUCUGUGUUCUUUGAUGAUGUGAAGCACGUAUAUCCGGGAUUUAAUAAGUGAGACAAUGUGCAGUUUAAAACUUGGAAAAUCAAAGUUAAGGUUAAAAGUGACAAAACUUAGUAUUUUUAUUCUUAAGAAAAUUAAAAAAAUCUAUUCUGUUCUAUUGAGUUCUAUUUCUGUGUAUAAAUGUUAAAAAAUACAGUAUAUAUUGUACAUACAGUAAAAUAAACAAACGCUUUGGUA